GGGCGGGAGCAGAGGAGGCGGAGGAGGAGGGCCAGAGAGGCAGUUGGAAGAUGGCGGACGAGGCGGCGCUCGCCCUCCAGCCCGGCGGCUCCCCUGCGCCCGCUGCGGCCGACAGAGAGACCGCGUCGCCGUCCGCCGGGGAGCCGCUCCGCAAGAGGCCGCGGAGAGACGGUCCCGGCCUCGGGCAGAGCCCGGGAGAGCCCGGUAGGGCGGUUCUCGAGCGUGAGGUGCCGGUGGCGGCCGGGGGCUGCCCGGCGGCGGCGGUGGCGCUGUGGCGGGAGGCGGAGGCGGCGGGCGGGGAACGAGAGGCUCUGGCGACGGCGGCGGCCGGAGAAGAAGACAAUGGGCCGGGCCUGCAAGGCCUAUCCCGGGAGGCGCCGCCGGCCGACGACUUCGACGACGACGACGACGACGGCGAAGAGGAGGAAGAGGCGGCGGCGGCAGCGAUUGGGUACCGAGAUAACCUUCUGUUUGGUGAUGAAAUUAUCACUAAUGGUUUUCAUUCCUGUGAAAGUGAUGAGGAUGAUAGAGCCUCACAUGCAAGCUCUAGUGACUGGACUCCAAGGCCACGGAUAGGUCCAUAUACUUUUGUUCAGCAACAUCUCAUGAUUGGCACAGAUCCUCGAACAAUUCUUAGAGACUUACUACCAGAAACAAUUCCUCCACCUGAUUUGGAUGAUAUGACAUUGUGGCAGCUUGUUAUUAAUAUUCUUUCAGAACCACCAAAAAGGAAAAAAAGAAAAGAUAUUAAUACAAUUGAAGAUGCUGUGAAAUUACUGCAAGAGUGCAAAAAAAUAAUAGUUCUAACUGGAGCUGGGGUAUCUGUUUCAUGUGGAAUACCUGACUUCAGGUCAAGAGAUGGUAUUUAUGCUCGCCUUGCAGUAGACUUCCCAGAUCUUCCAGAUCCUCAAGCAAUGUUUGAUAUUGAAUAUUUCAGAAAAGAUCCAAGACCAUUCUUCAAGUUUGCAAAGGAAAUAUAUCCUGGACAAUUCCAACCAUCUCUUUGUCACAAAUUCAUAGCCUUGUCAGAUAAGGAAGGAAAACUACUUCGCAACUAUACUCAGAAUAUAGAUACGUUGGAACAGGUUGCGGGAAUCCAAAGGAUAAUUCAGUGUCAUGGUUCCUUUGCAACAGCAUCUUGCCUGAUUUGUAAAUACAAAGUUGACUGUGAAGCUGUACGAGGAGAUAUUUUUAAUCAGGUAGUUCCUCGAUGUCCUAGGUGCCCAGCUGAUGAACCACUUGCUAUCAUGAAACCAGAGAUUGUCUUUUUUGGUGAAAAUUUACCGGAACAGUUUCAUAGAGCCAUGAAGUAUGAUAAAGAUGAAGUUGAUCUUCUCAUUGUUAUUGGGUCUUCCCUGAAAGUAAGACCAGUCGCGCUGAUUCCAAGUUCCAUACCCCAUGAAGUGCCUCAGAUAUUAAUUAAUAGGGAACCUUUGCCUCAUCUGCAUUUUGAUGUGGAACUGCUUGGAGACUGUGAUGUCAUAAUUAAUGAAUUGUGUCAUAGGUUAGGUGGUGAAUAUGCCAAACUUUGCUGUAACCCUGUAAAGCUUUCAGAAAUUACUGAAAAACCUCCACGAACACAAAGAGAAUUGUCUCAUUUGUCACAGUUGCCACCCACACCUCUUCAAAUUUCAGAAGACUCAAGUUCACCAGAAAGAAUCUCACCACCAGAUUCUAAAGUGAUUGUCACACUUUCAGACCAAGCAACUAAGAGUAAUGUUGAUGAUUUAGAUGUGUCUGAAUCAGAAAGUUGUAUGGAAGAAAAAUCACAGGAAGUACAGACUUCUACUACAAAUGCUGAAAGUAUCACCGAACAGUUGGAAAAUCCAGAUUUGAAGAAUGUCAGUUCCAAUACUGGAGAGAACAAUGAAAGAACUUCGGUUGCUGAAACUGUGAGAAAGUUGUGGCCCAGUAGAGUUGCCAAGGAGCAGAUUAGUAAGCGGCUUGAUGGUAAUCAAUACCUGUUUUUACCACCAAAUCGUUACAUUUUUCAUGGCGCUGAGGUAUAUUCAGACUCUGAAGAUGACGUCUUAUCCUCUAGUUCUUGUGGCAGUAAUAGUGAUAGUGGAACAUGCCAGAGUCCAAGUUUAGAAGAACCUAUGGAGGAUGAAAGUGAGAUUGAAGAAUUCUACAAUGGCUUGGAAGAUGAUGCAGAUGUUCUAGAAAGAGCUGGAGGAACUGGACUUGGGGCUGAUGGAGGUGAUCAAGAAGCAGUUAAUGAAGCUAUAUCCAUGAAACAGGAAGUAAUAGACAUGAAGUAUCCAUCAAACAAAUCAUAAUGUAAUAAUUGUCUAGGUACAGAAAUCGUUCCACCAGCAUUAGGAACUUUAGCAUGUCAAGAAGAAUGUUUACUUGUGAACUCAAUAGAGCAAGGAAACCAGAAGGUGUAAUAUUUAUAGACUGGUAAAAUAGAUUGUUCUCAUGGAUAAUUUUUAACUUCAUUAUUUCUGUACUUGUAAACUCAACACUAAAUUUUUUUUUUUUAAAGAAAGGUACUAAGUAUCUUUAAUCAGCUGAUGGUUAAGACUCACUUUCUUUAAAGGUUCAUUUGUAUGAUACAUCUAUAUGUAUAUAUUAUUUCUUGUUUUUGCCUAGUGAGUUUCAACAUUUUGAAGUUUUCAAAAAGCCAUUGGAAUGUUAAAUUAAUGUAAAGGGAACAGCUUAUCUAGACCAAAGAAUGGUAUUUUCACACUUUUCUUUGUAACAUUGAAUGAUUCGAAGUCCUCAAAAUCUUUGUUCUGCUAAACUUUUGAUUCUUUAGCACAAUUACCUAUUUUUAAACACUGGCAUUUUCCAAAACUUGUGGCAGCUAACUUUUUAAAAAUCUCAAAUGACAUGCAAUGUGAAUAGAAGGAAGUCAGCAAUAUGUGGGAGAGCACUCAGUUGUCUACUUUCUAAGUAAGACUUGGUGCUAAGAGUUCCAAGAAUAUUUAUUGUUCAAAUGAAGAUGGCUUUUGUACUUCCUGCAGACAUGUAGUAAUUAAUGUUUAUAUUGGCUCAUAAAACUAACCUGAAAAACAAAUAAAUGCUUUGGAAAUGUU